UAGUACUCACAACAUUUGCACACCGCGAUUCAAUUACCCGAGCAAUUAUUCAUAAUCGUUAUUAAUAUUUCAGUUGAUUAAAUUAUUCUUUCGCGAGUUAUUUUCGCGUCGAAAAAAUUUAUCGACCCAAGAAAUUGAACGAUUAAUUAGUUAAUCAAUUGAACAAUUGAUUAAGGACUUGGGGAAUUGUUUAACUGACUAGUGAGUGAUAAUAAUUUGAGAGAAUUGCCUGCAUAAUUUGAGACAAUUGUUUGCGUUGAAUUUUUUAUCGUAAAUAGUUGAGUCGAAAAAAAGUGUCGACCCAAAAAAUUGAACGAUUAAUUAGUCAAUCAAUUGAACAAUUGAUUGAGGAGUUGGCGAAUUGUUUAACUGACUAGUGAGUGAUAAUAAUUUGAGAGAAUUACCUGCAUAAUUUGAGACAAUUGUUUGCGUUGAAUUUUUUAUCGUAAAUAGUUAAGUCGAAAAAAAGUGUCGACCCAAAAAAUUGAACGAUUAAUUAGUUAAUUAAUUGAACAAUUGAUUGAGGAGUUGGCGAAUUGUUUGAUUGACUAGUGAGUGAUAAUAAUUUGGGACAAUUGUUUGCAUUGAAUUUUUUAUCGUUAAUAGUUGACGUGAAAUUAAAACAUUGAGAAAUUGUUUUUCUCAUUUUUUUGUGUGGACUGAGGAGAAAAGUUUUCUCGAGCUUGAGGAUUGUUAAAAAGUGGGAAGAUGAAGUGCAUGAGGCGAUGUUUGGUCAUGUGGUGAAGGCACCGGAGGGGGUUGUUAUGGGUUCAAGUGGAAAAAUUAGUUUUUCAAAUUUUACGAUGACUCUCGGCGAGUUUUGGUGGUUUGCCGUCAUUGUUUCGGCUGUCGGGUGCACUGAAGCGAUUUUCACUGCACCGCUGCCAGAGUAUCUACAUGGUCUCACGGGUUAUGAAAUCACGGGUUUGAAUGGAAAAUCCUCAAAAAUAAUAAAGAAUGAGGUAAUGCGAGCAAGUGACGAGAAUCGAGCCAAUGAACCGAGUUCAAGGCGCGAUCCAGUGGUCGACGAGGAACAAACGGUUUACGUCAUUGAAUUUGAGUCUGAGCCGAGUGAGAAGAAUCACGAGCGCGGCCGCAAAUCGAUGGACUCUGACACAGAGGAAGCUGAUAACCAGAGUCCAUUGGAUCCCUGGUCGAUCGUCUGGUACAUCGGCUCAUUCGGGGGUCUCGUCGCCUUCUUCCUCAUCGUCAGCUGUUCGGAAUGGUGCUGUCGUCGAUCAGCUCGUCCCCUAGGAACCCCCUACGCCCAGAGAACUGCUGAACCCGUAACGAUAACUCGAAAUGUUACAGACACACCACCACCACCAUAUCACCUCUUCGCACCACCCCCUUACGACUCGGUUAACUACAAUGAUCUCGUCGAUAAGACCACAGGGGAGAAAGUCGAUAUCUACGUUAUUUCUGUACCAAUUACUGCCACCGAGCAGACGGUACCCGCGUAGUUGAUGAAUUGUUUAAAUCUUCGGAGGAAAUGCGAGUGCCUUAAUGUAUUCCAGAGCCAAGUGGAUUCUCAAGUCAAAUGUUAAUUAUGAAAUUGUCGAAGGGCUUCGGGACACAGCGUCAGAUGAACAUUUUUGCAGAUUCAAUUUUCCCGUUAAAGAUGAGCUGAUAAUUUAUUCUACAAUGAAUAAUUAACGAGGUAAUUUCCUAGUCAAGAGGGGAAAUUUUUUGAGAUGUGAAAAUUGAAUUUUUAAGUGGACAUCUGCCGAUGUGUCAGGAGAGAUUUCAGACCGAAAAUGUCUGACGAUGAUUCCUCUUAUAAUGAAUAAUUUGCGAGGAUUCAUUACUGAGGAGGAGCAGUGGCCGGAAUUAACUGCUGGAGCUCUGUUGAUUAUUUAAUUGUCUCGGUAAUCAGUGGUUUUAGGGGAAAACGUCAAAAAGCUUUUUGUGGAGAUUUCAAUUUCCCAUCGAAAAUUUCUUGUGAUGGUUCCUUCUAAAAUUAGGAAUUAGCGAGAUAAUUUAUGAGUCAGUGGGAUUAUGUCGUGCAUGUGGAAAUAAAACUGUUAAUUAUGCAAUUAUGCCAGAAAAAAGUCAAAUGAGCUUUUCGGCAGACGACCCAAUUUCAAAUAAAAAAUAUCUCAUGAUUCCAUCUAAAUUGCAUAAUUAGUCAGGUGAUUGAUUACUAAACAGGUGCAAUGACCUGCACGAAAAAUUCAAUUUGUCGAUUAUUUAAUUAUUUCGGUAAUCAGUGGUUUUAGUGGAAAACGUCAAAAAACUUUUUGUGGAGAUUUCAAUUUCCCAUCGAAAAUUUCUUGUGGUAAUUUCUUCUAAAAUUAGUAAUUAGCGAGAUAAUUUAUGAGUCAGUGGGAAGAUGUGGUAUUCGUGGAAAUGAAAAUUUUAACUAUGCAAUUAUGUCAGAAAAAUGUCAGCUGAGCUUUUCGGCAGACGACCCAAUUUCAAAUAAAAAAUAUCUCAUGAUUCCACCUAAAUUGCAUAAUUAGGGAGGUGAUUCAUUACUAACUAGGUGCAAUGACCUAACCGAAAAGUUCAAUCUGUCAAUUAUUUAAUUAUCUCGGUAAUCAGUGGUUUUAGUGGAAAAUGUUAAAAAAGCUUUUUUGUGAAGAUUUCAUUUUCUCAUCGAAAAUUUCUUCUAAAAUUAGUAAUUAGCGAGAUAAUUUACGAGUCAGUGGGAAGAUGUACACGGGGAAAGGUAACUGUCAAUUAUGCAAUUAUCUUUGCGUCAUGAUUGAUUUGGGGACAGAAUGAGCUUUUCGGCAGACGACCCAAUUUCAAAUAAAAAAUAUCUCAUGAUUCCACCUAAAUUGCAUAAUUACUGAAGUGAUUCAUUACUAAACAGGUGCAAUGACCUAACCGAAAAGUUCAAUCUGUCGACUAUUUAAUUAUCUCGGUAAUCAGUGGUUUCAGCAGAAAACGUCAAAAAGCUUCUUUGAUCGCUUGUGCGUAAAGUGAAAUUUUCGAGUGAACGAGAAAGUUUUUUUGAUGUUUUCCCCUAAAAUCGUUCGUCAUCAAGACAAUUUUAAUUAAAACCGUUUAAGAAAUCUGUUAAUGUCCCAAUUCAAUGAUCAAUUCAAUUAAUCUUCGAUAACUUUCCUCCCUUUGGGUCGGAAGUUGAAAAUGAGAAAUAAUCAUAACGGAAUAAAAAAAAUUCGAGGGGGAGAAAAGAAUCUCCGGCUGCAAAUGACCAAAGGAUUGGUUGUCCGAGUGAGAAAUUCGAUUUCUUAAAAAUAUUUAGUAUUAUAAAAUCAAUUAUUCACUUUCACGUUAAUAUUGCACUGUAAAAAUUGUUAUAAUCCGUAAACCCCUCACGAUUCUCCAUCGCUCGAAGGAAAAAUAAUCAUGAAUCAUAGAUAAAAUCGUCAUUCCUGAGGAACAAUUUCAGAAAUCGAAUGAAAAUUGAAAUUUCCGAAUCAAAUGAAAUUUCAAUUCUCAUUUGCCAGUCGAAAAAAUAUAUUUAUGCGUUAAAAUUCACGAACUGAUUUUCGAAAAAUCUAAAGUUCUGUCUGGAUUGAUUAAUGCAGUAAUCCAUAAAAUAUAAAAAUGUUCAUGUAACUUUGUAAUUAUCACGCGUAUGAACAACUUCAAUAGAAAACCUUGGCCAAUUCGCUAGAAAGUUCUAUUGGAAUUUUCUAAAAAUUCUAUGGAGAUUCGAUUAAAAUUCUAGAGAAUUCUCGUUAAAAUUUUAUGAGCUUUUUGCACCGAUUCUAUUAGACAUUUGACAGGAAAAAGUCAACAGAUUUCGAUGUUUCUGUUUCAAUUUUUCUCUUGAGAUUUUUUUUACUAAAGCUAUUGUUUUGGAUUGGAGGAUCCAAGUGAAAAAAACUUAGCAAAUUUGAACCCAAUUAUUCUCAUAGAAAAAAUUACAAGAAAAUAUUCAUAUAGAAAAAUCGAAAUCUAUUGAGUUUUUUCAAAAAACAAUU